CGAGAAAAGGCUAGCGCAUCUCAUUGUCAGCAGCUUAGUUUCACUCGCACCGUAGGAUCGGCCUACGCAGGCCGCUCAAAUGAAAAGCACCGCAACAACUACCGGAUAUUGUUUGUGUUUUCUGUGUUGAUUUUCGUAUGGUGCGUUUACUUUUACCAAACGGAGCCAUAAAAAACGGUCGUCAUGAGUGCAACGGUGGGACUUUUUACGAAGUGGUCGGUCAAAGGUAGUAGACAGCAAGUCUUGCUGCAAGUUUCUAAACUUUUCUCAACGGACCCCAAGGACUUUUUAAUAAAUAACCCAGAAUACAGCUUUCUGAAGCAGCUUGAUCUCACAGAAGAAAAUUCCGGAGUGUAUCACGGAAAAUGGGACGCCAAUGGACAGGUUCUGAACUCGUACAGUCCAGCCAGCAGAACUCCAAUCGCCAGUGUUCGCGAAGGAUCGCUGAAGGAUUUGGACAACUGCGUCGCAGCCGCCUCCGAGGCAUGGAAGCUCUGGGCCGAUUUGCCGGCUCCGCGAAGAGGAGAAAUCGUCAGACAAAUAGGAAACGCGUUGCGCGAGAAGAUCGUUCCUCUCGGAAAACUAGUUUCUCUAGAGAUGGGGAAGAUACUGCCUGAAGGAAUCGGUGAAGUUCAAGAAUAUGUAGAUAUCUGUGAUUAUGCGGUGGGCUUGUCUAGAAGUUUGUCCGGUCAGAUUCUCCCAUCAGAGAGACCCGAUCAUGCAUUGCUGGAACAGUGGAAUCCUCUUGGUGUUGUAGGUGUCAUCUCAGCCUUUAACUUCCCCGUCGCCGUCUACGGUUGGAACAGUGCUAUUGCAAUGGUUUGUGGGGAUACUUUACUUUGGAAAGGAGCGCCAAGCACUCCAUUAUGCUCCAUAGCCACUACCAAAAUCGUGUCGAAAGUCCUCGAGAAGAACAAUUUACCAGGCGGUAUUGCGUCUCUAUGUUUAGGAGGUUCCGAAAUCGGCCAGGCAAUCGCGAGGGACAAGAGGAUUCCUUUGGUAUCAUUCACUGGCAGUUGUAAAGUUGGACAGCAGGUCGGCGUGGAAGUUCAACAACGGUUCGGGCGAUCCAUCCUGGAGCUCGGUGGUAACAAUGCAAUAAUUGUAGCAGAAGAUGCCGACAUCGAUAUGGUAAUUCAGUCGGCCGUCUUUGCCUGUGCUGGCACAGCUGGUCAACGAUGCACCACUACCAGACGACUCAUCGUUCACAAAAAGGUUUACCCGCAAGUUUUGGAAAGGUUAAUCAAAGCUUACGAGAAAGUUGUCCAAAGAAUUGGUGAUCCUUUGGAUGAAAAAACUUUGUACGGGCCCUUGCACAAUGCUGAUGCUCUCCUCAAGUAUAAAAAAACUAUCGAAGAGGUGCAAACUAACGGAGGGAAAAUCGAAUUUGGUGGCCAGAUCAUUGAUCGGCCAGGAUUUUACGUGGAGCCCACCAUAGUAUCAGGUCUGAAGCACGAUUCACCAAUCAUUAAAACAGAGACUUUUGCCCCAAUUGUCUACGUUCUACCGACGGAUUCAGUGGAGGAAGCGAUUGCAUGGAACAACGAAGUGGACCAGGGGUUAUCCUCAUCCAUCUUCACGGAGAACUUUAGCACAGUGUUCAAGUGGAUCGGACCAAAGGGCUCAGAUUGUGGUAUCGUCAACAUCAAUAUCCCAACGAAUGGUGCGGAAAUUGGAGGAGCGUUCGGAGGCGAAAAACACACUGGUGGAGGACGAGAGAGUGGCUCAGACUCAUGGAAACAGUACAUGCGACGAAGUACGGUUACCUGGAACUAUGGCAAAGGUCUCACUCUUGCUCAGGGUAUAAAAUUUGAGUAAGGGUUUUUACAGAAACAGUAUUUUGAAGGAUCACAAUGUAUGUAUGAAGAUACUUGUUUUCUACUCAACUACUUCGAACAAGAUCUGAAAAAGAUUUAUUUGAUAGGGAAUCAGUGGUUUCUCUCAAUUCGACUGUUCUUAUCAUGAGAUUAAAAAAUGUGAGUUAUUUUUUUUUAAAAAAUGAAAAUGGUAAAAAAUAAAUUGAAUGAUUUUCUUUUCAAUAAAA